GCGCCUGUGACGAGUCAGAAACCUGCCGACAGCAGCUUUUACGCACAGAAUGGAAGGAAACCAGUCGUUUCAAUGCAGCCGUUUUCAAAACAGAUAAUAAAGAAUCAGUUUAAUAAUUAAAUCAAUCUGAUAAAAAGUUUAAAAUCAUGCAGAUUAAGAGUUGAACACGGAAGAGAAGUUGAUGGGGAAACGAAAUCACCAGCAGCCAAGAGCAUGGUUUUAAAACUUUGUGGAAUCUACAGUGAAUAACUUUUGAUUCUACAAUGCACAAGAGAUGGACACGUCGGAGGCUGCAGGUCCUGGUUUUCACCUUCUUCAUCGUCCUCUUCGUGGAUCUUCAAUUACGCACCAGCGACCCCCCCAAGCUCAGUGUGGUCCUCGAUCCGCCGGCCGACCAUCAGGCUUCCUCCGCGGCCAAGGACGCACAGAGGCCGGCCAGCGACAGCAGCAGGGAGGCUGGACCCCCGGCCACCGAGGGGGGUCCUGUCACUCAGCCCACCCUGAGGCAGGAGGACAUCUUCAUCGCUGUGAAAACCACCGGCAGGUUCCACAGGACGCGUCUGGCGCUCCUCUUGGAGACGUGGAUCUCAAGAACCAAGGAGCAUACGUUCAUUUUCACCGACGUGGAGGACGAGGAAACGAGUUCAGAGGGUUACAACGUGGUGGUGACCGACUGCCAGUCCGAUCACAGCCAGCAGGCUCUGUCCUGUAAGAUGUCCGCUGAGUACGACGGCUUCAUGUCCUCCGACAAGAGGUGGUUUUGUCAUGUGGACGAUGAUAACUAUUUGAACCCGGACGCCCUCCUCUCCCUGCUCUCCUCCUUCCCCCAGGAGGGCGACAUCUACGUGGGCAAACCGAGCCUGGACAAGCCCAUCACUGCUCACGAGCUUCUGGAGGGAAACGCAACGAGGGAGGUUCGAUUCUGGUUCGCCACAGGAGGAGCUGGUUUCUGUCUGAGUCGAAGACUGGCGGAGAAGAUGGCUCCAUGGGCCAGCGGCUCCCGGUUCGAGCAGACGUCAGCGACCAUCCGUCUCCCUGACGACUGCACGGUGGGUUUCAUCGUGGAGAAGAGACUCGGCAUCUCCAUGGUUCACUGUCCUCUAUUCCACUCGCACCUGGAGAACCUGCUGCUCGUCAACCACAGGAGUAUUGCACACCAGGUGACACUGAGCUACGGGAUGUUUGAGAACAAGAUGAACAGCAUCGAGGUGAAAGGGAGCUUCACGAAGGAGGACGACCCCUCCAGGUUUAAGACCGUCCACUGCCUGUUGUACCCGUUCACCAGCUGGUGUCCCUGAGCUCCACUUCAAAGACUCUCAGGAGCACAUGGGACAAACGGGCACCGGCCUCUCGUGGAGGAGGAGCUCUUGAAUUGUGAAUACUGCUGGAUUCAAUGUGAUGCAGAUAACAGAGCAAGAGAAGCAGAGUCUGGAUGAAGACUUGGACGCCCACUCUUCGUCCCUGUGUCUACAUCCAUACGACUACGUAUCUAUUUUUUUAAAGAAAACUAUUUUUAUAGAUGGAUUCAUCUUCGCAUGGAUCAACAAUAAUGAAAACUGAGACGUCGAGUCGGGACAGGAACUCACGUUGUUUCCAAACGUCUCCCUAGCACCUUUCAAACUCAAACAUGCAGCAGCGUUUCAUAACUUCCCCAUUUUGUAUUUGUUUGUUUGGACGGACGCACUUAACUUUUAAACUUUGUCCGCAAAGUUUUGAGGUCAUUUUAGUUGAGAAAAUGGAUAAAAUGAGAUUGUACUUAAUUUAAAAUGACACACAAUUUCUUGUGCACUUUAAUCAAAUCAAAGUUUAUUCUAUCUUCUAUUAAUGGGAUUAUUUUACUCUCCUGUGGAUGAUGAAUAAAAGCAGGACUGGA